GUAGAGAAGAAGCCCCAUGCUGACUCCCUAUGCACCCACAUUCCCCAACCAAACAGUGUAGCUACCUACAUUUUUCCCCUGUGCGCAACCUUGUGCGGGCAUCUCGGUAACAUUUUAGUAUCUCGCCAUUGACGUCUAGGUUGUCAUUAAGCUACACCGGCGAAAUGGGCCGUUCAUGCGAAGACUUAUUCUCCAAGUUGCCAACCGAUGUACUGGCCUAUCUGGUUGACCGCGAACUUCGCAGCAAUCCAAGGGACUUGAUCAAUUUAGUGUUGGCCCAUCCGCGGGUUUUCCUGUCGGGUACCUUCAAUGUUGCCACCCUCGAUGCUACUCGUCAAAUAAGACUAAGAGACCUCCCGUCUCCAGAAACACGAGAUACAAUCCCCCUCAUAAAUACUGCGAUAGAGAUGGGAGCAGUUGUUCCUUGGUGGCUCAUCCGCCUAUUGGGACUGGAAUUGGAGAGGGCUCAGCCGGGAACGCUCAAUGGCAUAUACCCGAGCUUACGGCCUAUCGAGCCCCCUUUGCAUACCGCAGUCCGCUGUGGUCAAGCCGACAUCGUCCGAUCCCUACUCCAGUGGGACAAAGUCAACGCCUGGGUGAAAUAUUGCCCCACAAGAAAUUCUUCUGCCCAGCCGAGCAGCUGUAAGUAUAGAUUCUCGGCACACCUCCCGCCAUGCACGCCUAACUCGCCCCUAUCGGAUUGCAAAACAGCUGUAGAAUAUGCCAUAUCAGAACAUAGAAUGGCAAUGUGGGGAUUCCGCAUGGGCCCGAUUCGCAGCAACAUCGAACACUGUGCGUUAGCCUUUGUUGAGCUUGGGCACACCGAACAAAUGAUGCAGCAGGGCCAUGAUUGGGCGACCAAUAUAUGUAUCCGGGCAGUCUUCGCUGGGAUGAACAGGUAUUUUGCUGCCGUAUUAGAUCGAGUAUUUGAAUUGCCCCCCGAGAACGCCCAUCGGCGAUGGCUUCAUGAUCAAGGGUUGCGCUCAAUUCUCUAUAGGAUCGCUGACCUGGUCCGAGACGACAGCAGCGCUAUCCAGCAUAUCGUCGACAAGUCUAUCGAAACUGGUGCGGUCUUGUUCCCUGGGUGCUCGGAACAGGAGCUGAGCCCUAUUCUGACGGCUUUGGGCGAUCGCAAGGUGCUAAACGCAAUAUAUCUCUUGAGGCUAGCGGAUAGCGCAGGGAUCGAGGACCGCGUCGCGUUUAUGAUGUCUACGUUGGACGGCGCGCCUCUCGAAUCGAUGCAAGACGAUUACGAAUUUGCUGGGUAUCGCUUAGCGCAAUACAAAGCCGUCAAGAAACUUCUCGACGGGCUCGCGCCGGGUUCCUUGAAGAGACUGCUGGAAGAGGGAUGGGGGCGAUAUGUACGUCGAGUCUUUUCCCUGAACCAAGCGUCAAAGGAGGUGACCAAAUUUCUAGUCCGGAAUGGGCACAACUCGCCGGAGUGGAUGCAGGAAGCUAUAGCGGAAGGCAGCGAGGUCGCGCUCUCGGAGAUAAUCAAGAUCUGGGGCGAGCAAGGCAUUCGCAUAGACACGCCCUUCGCCGAAGACCCUAGGAACGUCACCGGAACGCUUCACGGAAAGGUGCUUGGCAAAGUGUCAGCAUUGCAGUUUGCGAUUAGGGGAAGGAAAUUGUGGGCGAUUUUGAUGCUCAUGGACGCACACGCAGACGAGUCUCUAGUGGACCGGAUAGACUGGUAUCUGUUGAAGAAACAUCUCGACUUUCUUCAACACACGCCUUUCCGCCACCAGUUGGGGUACGGUCCACCGACGUAUCUGUUUGGGGAACGGUGUGAGGUCGAGGAUAAAAUCGAAAUGCUCCGGCGGAUAGCCCAAUCGCAUCGCUAAAAGGCGUUGCUGGCGGGCGUGCCGAAUCUCAUCAGUAGCUUGAGUUAGGAGAGGUAGGUAAUAUCAGAAAUUACGGAAAGGCCCGUAUGGUAUGUGUAAAACGUAGGUAGAAUGAGGUAGUGUUCGUCCAGAGUUUGUCGCACUCGGGCUUACGAACCUGAGUAGUGCGUCGGUCGCGGAGGAGGGUGCCCGUUACCAGCCCGGUCCAAUCUUACCGCAUGGCGUUGUCUUGGGUACUCGAAGGAUAGGCAUAAUAAUCAUGAUAGCCUGUUGUUGCCAACUCGGUUGCGCCAUCGGUGCGUCCAGCUGGCCAGAUGAUGAUCCCAUAUCAAUAGCCCAUUACCGACAAUGCAGAAGAUGAAAGGAAUCGAAUCCACCGGCCCAUGCCAAACCUAUUAUGAGUAGGUGCACGUAGAUCCACGAGCAACGGCGUUGGCAAAGGGGACGUGCAAAGACAUCGU